GCUCAGGCUGAGUGCGGCCGGUGCGGCCGAGGCCCCGGCGCGCGGGGGGAGGCAGCAUGUCGGACCCCAGCUACUGGACGGCAGUGGCGGCUCCCGGACACCGCAGCCGCUUGGCCAAGGGUGCGCUGCUACAGCGUUCCAAAAGCUGCCGCAGUGGAAACCGAAAGAGCUUGGUUGUGGGGACGCCCUCGCCCACCAUCUCCAGGCCGCUGUCGCCACUCUCUGUCCCAACCGGCAACAGUCCCUUGGACAGUCCUCGGAACUUCUCUGCUGCAGCGGCCCUCAACUUCCCCUUCGCCCGGAGGGCUGACGGCAGAAGAUGGUCGCUUGCGUCUCUCCCGUCCUCCGGCUAUGGGACCAACACCCCCAGCUCCACCGUGUCGUCAAGCUCCUCUUCCCGGGAACGUCUACACCAGCUUCCCUUCCAGCCCACCGCGGACGAGCUGCGCUUCCUGUCCAAGCACUUCCGCAGCUCGGAGAGCGUGGUGGACGAGGACGGCGGCCGCUCCCCGCGGCUGCGCCCCCGCUCGCGCAGCCUCAGCCCCGGACGCACCUCGGGGACCUUCGACAACGAGAUCGUGAUGAUGAACCACGUGUACCGGGAGCGCUUCCCCAAGGCCACUGCGCAGAUGGAGGGCCGGCUGCAGGACUUCCUGGCAGCAUUCGCCCCUGGCGACCGCCUGGCCCUGGCUGACGGAGUCCUGGGCUUCAUCCACCACCAGAUUGUGGAGCUGGCACGGGACUGCCUAGCCAAGUCGGGCGAGGCCCUAGUCACCUCCCGCUAUUUCCUGGAGAUGCAGGACAAGCUGGAGCGGCUGCUGCAGGAUGCUCACGCGCGGUCCGACAGCGCCGAGGUGGGCUUCAUCGUGCAGCUGGUCCGCAAGCUGCUCAUCAUCAUCUCGAGGCCCGCGCGGCUGCUCGAGUGCCUGGAGUUCGACCCUGAGGAGUUCUACCAUCUGCUGGAGGCUGCGGAGGGCCAGGCCCGUGAGGACCAGGGUGUGAAGACUGACCUGCCGCGCUACAUCAUCCGCCAGCUGGGCCUGGCCAAGGACCCGCUGGAAGAGAUCCAGCCUCUGGAUGACCUAGAUGAAGACCAGUCCCCAGCUCCUGCACACCCUGAGAGCCAAGGCCUGGGCGGUCCGUCCCGGAGGAAGCCGUGUGAGAGCGACUUUGAGACCAUCAAGCUUAUCAGCAAUGGAGCCUACGGGGCCGUCUACCUGGUGCGCCACCGGGACACGCGGCAGCGCUUCGCCAUCAAGAAGAUCAACAAACAAAACCUGAUCCUGCGCAACCAGAUCCAGCAGGUGUUCGUGGAGCGCGACAUCCUCACCUUCGCCGAGAACCCCUUCGUGGUCGGCAUGUUCUGCUCCUUCGAGACCCGCCGCCACCUCUGCAUGGUCAUGGAGUAUGUGGAAGGAGGCGACUGUGCGACACUGCUGAAGAACAUGGGCCCGCUGCCUGUGGACAUGGCGCGCAUGUACUUCGCAGAGACGGUGCUGGCGCUGGAAUAUCUGCACAACUACGGUAUCGUGCACCGCGACCUCAAGCCUGACAACCUGCUCAUCACCUCCCUUGGCCACAUCAAGCUGACGGACUUCGGCCUGUCCAAGAUCGGCCUCAUGAGCAUGGCCACCAACCUGUACGAGGGUCACAUCGAGAAGGAUGCUCGAGAGUUUGUGGACAAGCAGGUGUGUGGGACGCCCGAGUACAUUGCACCCGAGGUGAUCUUCCGCCAGGGCUAUGGGAAGCCGGUGGACUGGUGGGCCAUGGGCGUCAUCCUGUAUGAAUUCCUGGUGGGCUGUGUGCCGUUUUUCGGGGACACGCCUGAGGAACUGUUUGGACAGGUGGUCAGUGAUGAGAUCAUGUGGCCAGAGGGAGACGAGGCACUUCCCGCCGACGCCCAGGAUCUCAUCACUAGGCUUCUGCGCCAGAGCCCAAUGGACAGGCUGGGAACUGGGGGCACUCACGAGGUGAAGCAGCACCCCUUCUUCCUGGCCCUGGACUGGGCGGGGCUUCUCAGACACAAGGCGGAGUUUGUCCCACAGCUUGAAGCUGAAGAUGACACCAGCUACUUUGACACUCGCUCUGAACGUUACCGCCACUUGGGCUCUGAGGACGACGAGACCAAUGACGAGGAAUCUUCUACGGAGAUUCCCCAGUUUUCCUCCUGUUCCCACCGCUUCAGCAAGGUUUACAGCAGUUCCGAGUUCCUGGCCGUUCAGCCCACCCCCACCUUUGCUGACAGGAGCUUCAGUGAGGACCGUGAGGAUGGGUGGGAGCGAAGCAUGGCAGCGGACCGUGGCCGCCGGCUGAGCGCAGACCUCCGGCUGCGGUCGUGGACAGGUGCGCCCUCCUGCCAGCCCUCCUGCCAGCCCUCCUCCUCUCUGCCCGACCGGGGCCCCAGCCCGUCUCUCCUAAGCACCAUCAGCUUGGACACGAUGCCCAAAUUUGCCUUCUCUUCUGAAGAUGAGGGAGCAGGUUCAGGGCCUGCUGACCCCAAGAAGCCUGUCUUCAUUCUGGGGGAGCCUGACCCUGCGCCCCCAACCACCCCAGUGACACCCAAGCCUUGCAGCCUCUCUGCUGACACAGCUGUCCUCAGCCACGCUCGCCUUCGAAGUAACAGUACGGGCGCCCGGCACUCGACUCCUCGGCCCCUGGAUGCUGGCAGAGGUCGCCGCCUGGGAGGCCCAAGAGACCCUGGGCCUGAGAAGCCCCGGGCCUCCCCUGGCGGCGGGGGCGGGGGCCGAGUGCCCAAGUCGGCCUCCGUAUCCGCCCUGUCCCUCAUCAUCACGGCAGACGAUGGCAGCGGGGGUCCCCUCAUGAGCCCCCUGUCGCCACGCUCGCUGUCCUCCAACCCGUCCUCCCGAGACUCCUCCCCCAGCCGGGACCCGUCUCCCGUGUGUGGCAGCCUGCGGCCCCCCAUCGUCAUCCACAGCUCAGGCAAGAAGUAUGGCUUCAGCCUGCGCGCCAUUCGCGUCUACAUGGGCGACAGCGACGUGUACACGGUGCACCAUGUGGUCUGGAGCGUGGAGGAGGGGAGCCCUGCGCAGGAGGCGGGACUGCGCGCCGGGGACCUCAUCACGCACGUCAACGGGGAGUCGGUCCUGGGCCUGGUGCACAUGGAUGUGGUGGAGCUGCUGCUGAAGAGCGGUAACAAGAUCUCCUUGCGCACCACGGCCCUGGAGAACACCUCCAUCAAGGUGGGGCCCGCGCGGAAGAACGUGGCCAAGGGCCGCAUGGCCCGCAGAAGCAAGCGCAGCCGCCGGCGCGAGACCCAGGAUCGCCUCCUCACGGUCACCCUGCGUGUCCCCAGGCGGAAGUCUCUGUUUAAGAGGAUCUCCAAGCCUUCUGUGCUCCACACCAGCCGUAGCUUCUCCUCAGGCCUCCAUCACUCUCUGUCCUCCAGCGAGAGCCUCCCUGGAUCACCCACGCACAGCCUGUCCCCCAGCCCCACCACGCCCUGCCGCAGCCCUGCGCCCGACGCCCCCACAGACUCCGCGUCCCCACCCAGUGUCUCCCCAAGCUCCAGCAGCCCUGCCUCCCCUGCCACGGGCCACACCCGUCCCAGCUCACUGCACGGCCUGGCGGCCAAGCUUGGACCACCUCGUCACAAGAGCGGCCGCCGCAAGUCCACCAGCAGUAUCCCACCAUCCCCGCUGGCCUGCCCCCCAGUGCCCACGCCCCCGCCACGCUCGCCAUCGCCCCUGCCGGGGCACAUCCCCAUACCCGCGCGGUCCCCUAGGCUACGCAGGGGCCAGUCGGCCGACAAGCUGGGCCUGGGCACCAGUGAGCGGCUGGACGGGGAUGGAGGCCGGCGUGGCCGGGGAGCAGAGGCCGAGCUGGUUGUCAUGAGGAGGCUGCACCUCUCUGAGCGCCGGGACUCCUUCAAAAAGCAGGAGGCGGUGCAGGAGGUGAGCUUUGAUGAGGAGCCUGGACCGCCUCGGGCAGUGCCCAAGAUCGCUGUGCAGGGUGCAGAGGGCACUCCGGGAACCCCGGGGCCAGCCACGAAGGACUGACUGCCACCCCUGGCCACAGUUCCCCACGGAGUCAUUUCCACAAGGUCACACCUGGAUGGGGU